AUGACAGCUCCACUCCAGUUCGUGUACUUCCACGUUGUUCACUCGUUGCCCAUGUCUGGUCCGGGUUGCAUGUCUGUGCUUGCAUCCAACACCGCACGAAGAUGGGAAGCGCAACUGCUGCUGGGUCUUGAUGCGGUCAUGCAAUAA